UGCAAAUUUCCUUGUUUCUGAACUCACGCGGAAGAUUGAAGCGAAAUCACGUGACCCGUGCGUCAAGAAAUCAGCUGGGGACUCGGAGUUUCACUCAGGAAAUCCAGGUUUGGUGACUCAUUCUGUGAAGAUCUCCAUCAUGGCUGGAUCAGGCGGAGUUGACCCAAAUAUGCUGGCACAGACUAUAAGUUCAAAUAUCCAGAGAAUAACAUUGCUAACUAAUGAAAUCCAGCAGAUGAUGAGACAUUUUGGAACAGCACAAGACACGACUGACCUGCGACAGACAUUACAAGAGAAACAGCAGAAGGUCAAUCAGCUUGCUAAAGUGACAGACAAAUACAUGAAAGAUUUCAGUGCUUUACCUGUGACCUCAGAACAGCGACAAAGAAAAAUCCAGCGAGAACGUCUCAUCAAUGAAUUCUCCAAUGCGCUAGCGGUUUUCCAGAAAACUCAGCGAGAGGUAGCAAAGAAGGAGAAGGAGUUUGUGGCGCGUGUCCGAGCGAGCUCUAGAGUUUCAGUUGGAGAUAGAGAUGAUGGGUUUGGAGGAUUUUCAUCACCCUUUCAAAGUGAGGUUCAUGCUCAAACUCAGAGUUAUGAUGAAGCCAUCACAGAGGAAGAUCUGCAGCUCAUUCAGGAGAGAGAAUCAGCAAUCAGACAGCUGGAGUCGGACAUCACAGGCAUUAAUGAAAUCUUCAGAGAUCUGGGCCUGAUGGUGCAUGAACAGGGAGACAUGAUCGACAGUAUAGAGGCCAAUGUAUCAAAUGCAGAGAACAAUGUGCAGUCGGCCACACAACAACUGAGCAGCGCAGCAAGUCACCAGACAUCAUUCCGUAAGAAGAUUUUCAUCCUGAUUGCUGUUCUUAUUGUGCUGGCUGUCAUUAUUGGUUUGAUUAUCUGGGCUUCUGUCAAAAAAUAGGCUGACCAUCUGAUGUCCCACAGCAUUUGCACUGGCAUGUUUAUAAGUUAUGGAAGAUUGUCACUAAUGAAACUGUCUUGAGUUGCCUUCUGAAUACAGUUAAGAUAUUGCCACUUACAGAAUAUAUAACAGAAGUUAUGCUCUAUGGACGGCAUGUUUGGUGUGUGGUUCAUUACCACAAAAACUUAUUUUAACUCUAUUUGUUAAACAUGCAUUGGGUUAAAGAUUCUACAGAGGCUGUGCAUAGAGCUUAAUUUGUGUUUAAAACUGUUUUAACAUUGUUACUGUUAAUAGAUAAUCAUUCCAGCUUCAUGCAUCUUUCACCCACCUGGUUUGUUAUAGAAGCUGGCAUUCCUGGUUGCAAAAUAUGAGAUUUCAGUGGGUGAAAAUUGCAUGAAUGUGUUUAUCUCUGACGGUUAGUAUGAAGCUUCUGCUGUAAAGGUGGAUAAGUGAACUUCACUUUUAAACUCCUCUCAAACACUGUAUUUGAACAAAUAAAUAAAUAAAUGAUAGCACACUACCAGUCAAAACAGUAGUCUAGUCAUAAUAAAUCUAAUCUAGUCCAAAUAAAUAAUGAGUAAGUGUUACUAAAAAAAUUGACUAGAUAUUUUCAGUUUCAUUCAUUUUAUUUAAUAAGGUGUGAAUCUCAAGCGCAAUACAAAAACAGAGGGAAUUUUCAUGGACCAUUGAAAUGUCUGUGCAGUUUAUUAUAUGACCCUAGAAAAUCUCUCAUACCCAGGGAAAUGUAAAGCUACUGCUAAUUGAUGUGCUUUGGUUUCCCCGAUUCCUUUUGAUCUUGUUAGUUAUUAGCCAUGUAUCCAGUCUCACUGUGCCAAAAAUAAUCUUUGUAAUAUGAUCCUGAAAUAGAUCCUACAGUUUCAACAAACAAGCAACGUCACUUAAUGUUUGUUUAUGAGUAUGAUAUUGCUGUAUAUAAAUGUUAUAUGACCUGAAACGAGUAUGGUUAAUCAUUAAGGGAACUAAAUCAGGUUUACCCAGGAGACAGGAAGUAACCACUAGAUGGAGACAAUGUCAAAUGUGAAGUUGCAUUUUAAACUCAGUUUAAAUGGCAGUCCGUAGGCAAUAAUUUAUCUUCUUUUUACUUUUUAAAAAUGUGUUCAUGAUUUAGUGCAGUUUUAAAUUGAAAUGUUGUAAAUAUUGUUGAAUCACCAUUUCCUUAAAUACUGAAAUGCUGCUGUGGAGAUAAACAAAGAAAAUACAGUUGUAUGUGUGGUUAAUCCAGAGGUGUUUGUUUGUUAUUUUGAACUUGGAAGUGACAGAAACUUAAUUUGGUGUCCAUUCUGAAUCUGACUGAAGAUUAAAUAUUCAAAAAUAGACAAUAUAUUUUGUCCUUUAAAUUAAAACCAACUUUUUUGGAAUAAA